AUGACCAAUUUGGGAGGCGGCCCCGGCAGGGGCCGUCUUUGGCAGGCGCUAGCUUUGGCGCUGGUCAUAUUGGUAGUUUCGAGCAAUGUAGGGUCUGCUUUUGGUGAUGAUUACUACACUUACUCUUCUCCCCUCCACCUUCUCCUUCACCGCUGCCACCUUAUGUCUACAAGUCACCGCCCCCACCCUCGCCAUCUCCCCCUCCACCCUGUGUACAAGUCUCCACCCCCGCCUUCCCUUCUCCGCCACCUCCUUAUGUUUACAAGUCACCGCCUCCACCCUCACCGUCUCCCCCCCCCCUACAUGUACAAGUCUCCCCCUCCACCAUCACCUUCUCCCCCACCUCCUUAUGUUUACAAGUCACCACCUCCACCAUCGCCAUCUCCACCUCCUCCAUACAUCUACAAGUCCCCGCCUCCACCUUCACCAUCCCCGCCGCCACCAUACUAUUAUAAGUCUCCCCCUCCGCCUUCACCAUCACCUCCACCUCCUUACUAUUACACAUCUCCACCGCCGCCUAAGAAGUCUCCACCACCGCCAUACUACUACAAGUCUCCUCCUCCGCCUUCACCAUCACCUCCACCACCAUAUUACUACACUUCUCCGCCUCCCUAA